AUGCCCAAAGUUGUUUCAAGAAGCAUAGCGUGUUCGGAUACCAAAGACCAGGAGGAAUACGGCGAUGAAAAACCUCUGCACAUAUACUACUGCCUGUGCGGCCAAAUGACGUUGAUUCUCGACUGUAACAUGGACAAAUUGCCUUUAAGGAAGAAAGACGGGGCUCGCGUUUUGGACGGGGUAAACCACGCGCAUAAAAUGAUUUGCGAUCAGGACGAGACGGUGCACAUAGCGCGUGAAGGGGGUAUAGAGAGACAGUACAGAUUUAAGUGUAAAAAAUGUAAUUUGUUGUUGUAUUACAAGUCCCAGCCUCAAAGCCCUGUAACCUUUAUAGUCAGGGGGGCGUUGAUAAAAUCCACGAAAGAAGGUCCUAUGACGGAUAUUUACAAUCAAGUUGCAGUGGAGAAGCCUAAGAAGAUUAUGGUGACUAAGCAUACGAAGAAUAUGGGUAAGUUCAGUUCAGUGACAGUUUCCACGAUUGAUGAGGAAGAGGAUGAAAUUGAGGCGCGAGAAGUUGCGGAUAGUUACGCUAAUAAUGCCAGAAUUAUAGAGAAGCAGUUGGAAAGAAAAGGCAUGAACAAGAGAAAACAGGAACAACAAAAGUCACAGGACACUAAGAAAAAUCGCGGAACGCUCAUUGACAAAUAA